AUGGCGGCUGCGAUGGUACAUCCCGGGAGAGCCCUUCCGGAUCCAAGAGAUGCGUGGAUGGAUCGGCCGUCCCCGCCCCGGCCCCGAGCUGUGAUGGGCGUCACGAUGGCACAUCCCAGCGAGGAGCCUCCAGCCUUCUCUGAGCUGGAUGAGAGCCUGCGCGCUGCCCUGCGCUUCCUGGCGUACGAGUGCGCCGAUCCUGGUCCGGUUCCCGAGGGCCCAGCGCUCCUGCCGCGGCCGGAGUGCCUGGAUUCCGGCGAGACCACGCCGCGCCUGACCGUGGUCUUAGAUCUGGACGAGACACUUUCGCACUGCCGCCUGGAGCCCCUCCAGAACCUUCCGCCAGACUUCUCCGUGCAGUUCGAGGAAUCCAAGGCCACCGGUUAUGUCUACGUGCGGCCACAUGCACGGCUCUUCCUGGAGGCGGCUGCACGGCUCUUCGAGGUGGUGGUGUUCACGGCUUCGUCGAAGUCUUACGCCGACCAGGUGCUGGACCAGCUAGAUCCCGGUCGCCAGUGCAUCUCCACACGCCUCUACCGGCCGCACUGCGUGGAGCGCUCGGGGGCGUUCCUGAAGGAUCUCCGGCGGAUGGGCCGGCGGAUGGAUCGGUGUCUGCUGGUGGACAACUCCCCUGUCUCCUUGGCCCUGUGCCCGGACAACGGCAUCGUGGUCUCCAGCUGGACGGGCGAGGAUCCCGAGGACGAAGAGCUCCUGGAGCUGCUGCUGCUGCUGCAAGCCUGCGACCUGGAG